AUGAGGAUAAUUGGGAGGAAGACUAAGGACAAGCAAGAUCUCGAGUUGACGGUUAAUGUCGGACGUACUCAAAAUAUCGACAUCUUGGAUGAUUUCCAAUGUAAUCUCGUUUGCCUGGUGACUACCAACGUGGUUUAUAGUAAACGUACCUCUACUCUAAGAAGGUCAAGCACAAGAUGGAAUGAAACUUUAAAGUUACGGUUGCCUAGGAGCCCAAAAUCAAAAUGGUUACGAAUUGUCAUAUAUGACGCUUUGCCAAUAACACCUUUAAAUGAUAUAAGUAACACAAAUUUUUCAAGAAAUAGUGGUAGCAACCUGAGUUUGUCGAAACUGAAAUCAGAAAGCAGUCUUUCGAAUGCCCAUUUAAACAAUUAUGUUAGUGGUGUCUCUCCGCAACAAAAUCAAAAUAGUAAACUUCUAUACAAGUCUACCAGUCACGACCAUCUAUCCACUACUCAUAGCAACGACUCUAGUAGUUUGGAGACGUCGUAUUCUCGCUCAAAUGCAAGUUCACCCGUCUCUACACAUUCCAGAGAUGUAAGAGGUUCAGACACUGACUUGUAUCAGAUGGCAAAUAAAAAAAAUAACCAGAAAAAACGCUAUUUGUACUUGGGUGAAGUAAGACUGUCCCUGUUGGAUCUCUUCAGAUCCAAGGAUACCAGAAAUCAAUAUAAGUUUACUGUCGGCCAAAAUUGGUACAAGUUAUACGAUAGAAAGAGGGAAAAAUUGAAGAUGAAUGUGGAUGAGGAGAAUUUUAUCAUUGGAGAAAUAUUGUUGGGAUUCCAACUACGCUCUUUAUCAAGAAGCAAAACUACCUUCGACGCAUAUAAUGAUUGGAGUUAUAACCUCACAACUACUUUGAAAAAUGAAAAAUAUAUGAGAAGUGUAAGGAAAAACCCAACAGAGUCUGACAUAAAUAAUUUGAAGAACAAUCUUCUGAUCUCAAAUUCAAGAGAUGAUGCGGAUGAUAUGAGCAUAUCUGAGAAUGACCUAUUUGAUGACGAUGACGACGUUGAUGAGUUGGACGAUAUUGAUGACAUCGAUGACGACGUCGACGAUAUUAUACAAGAUCUGGCAUCUACCUACCACCAAGAAUUGGAUAAUGCAGAAAGUAACGAUGAUAUGGAAAGCAUGUUGAGUGCCUAUGAUAUCAUAUCCGAUGUUGUAUCAUUAUCAGAAACAAUAACAGAUCACAACAAUUCACCACUAGACAUUGGUUCAAUGGCAACUGCGUUAGAUGAAUACGAUGUAUUGGAUCAAGGUGAUGUCGCAGAAUUAACCAAUUUGAUUGAUGAUCAGAUCAUUGAAGAACAGCUAGAAAAUAUUCGAAAUAUUUCUCUCAUAGAUGAUUUCAACGAAGAAAAACUUUUGGAUAAUAGUAAUUCAGAUGAAAGUAAUUCAAGUUCUUUAGAUUCAAAAUCAAUGGGGUACUUCACUGAGGAGAUCAUAGACGAAUCUGAUGAAGAAAUAGAAGACCAAGCUGAUGAUUUAGUACUAAGAAGAACUAAAGGUAAGCUGGCUGCCAAACUAAGAGGUAAGAAAAAUACCAUUAAACAAACAAAGAAUAGACUAACUACUACUUUGAGCAAUAACUAUAAGCUAACAAAGAAGAGACACGCUUUAGGGGUUAUAUUUUUAGAACUCCAAGAAAUAAGGAAUUUACCUCAAUUAAAAAACAAAAUAUCAAGAAAGAACUAUGAUAUGGAUCCGUUCGUAAUCAUGACAUUUGGUAGAAGAGUUUUCAAGACAUCUUUUAGAAAGCAUAAUCUAAAUCCUGUAUUUAACGAAUUUGCAACGUUUGAAGUACUACCACAAGAGGCACAUUUUGGGAUCCAAUUCAAGAUUAUGGACAAAGAUUCUUUCUCUUAUAAUGACCAUGUAGCAAGAACCAAACUGCCUUGGAAUGAAAUUUCAUGUCAAAACUUUUCUGAUGAUGUCUGGUCGUCAUAUGAAUUACCACUAGAAUUGACCGUGGAUCCAUUAAGAGCAGGAAAAUCGUUUCCUGUACUUCAUGUUAGGUUGAAAUACGUCCCAUAUCAAGAAUUGAAAGAUUAUUUUUGGAAGACAGCCGUUAGAGUAACUGCACCUUAUCCAAAAUUUGAUGUGGUUCAGUUGUUGAUCUAUCUAGAUAAAUUAGGAUCUUUCACAGAAUCAGAAGCUAUAGAGUUUUUUACUCAUUUUCGACUCUCGCCAUGGAAUGGUAGUACCAUAACUCAAGGUCAGUUAGUAGAAGUUUUACGUACCUGGAAAAAAUUAUCAGGCUUUAACCACAUUUGGAAAUGUCCAAAUUGUUUACAAAGUUUUAAAUCUACAACAAAUUCGAAAAAUUCUAAAUUGUACUUGGAAAAUGACUUGAUUACACACUUUGCAAUGUGUACAUUCUCGAGAAAACAUAAAUUGCUAAAACCAUCAUACGUUUCAACAGAUUUUGCUUCAAAAAGGUGGUUUUCUAAAUUUUUAAUAAAAUUGACAUAUGGUAAAUAUGCACUGGGUUCAAAUAACGCUAAUAUUUUGGUUCAAGAUAGAGACACAGGUGUUAUUCUUGAAGAAAAAAUAAGUGCACAUGUUAAAUUAGGAAUGAGGAUAAUUUACAAUGGUAAAGGUCCAGAAACAAAGAAAUUUAAAACUUUAUUGAAGAAAAUGUCUGUUAGACAAGGUAAAAAGUUUGACAGUCCCGGAUCUGUCAGUCAAAUUCCAGGCUUUAUAAGAUUCCAUUCUUUAGAUUUAUCAGAAUGUGAGGAAAUUAAAUACCGAACCUUUAAUGAGUUUUUCUAUAGAAAGUUAAAGCCUGGAAGCAGGGUUCCCGAAGGUGAUAGUCCAAAAAUUUUAGUAUCUCCAGCCGAUAGUAGGAGUAUAUUUUUUCCAAGUAUCAAUGAAUCAAAGAAAUUUUGGAUCAAAGGUUCCCUAUUUACUAUUAGGAGGCUAACCAAUGGCUAUAAGCCAGAUCUUUUUAAUGAACGCUCUUGCAGUAUUGCUAUCUUCAGGUUGGCCCCACAAGAUUAUCAUAGAUUCCAUUCGCCUUGCGAUGGUAUAAUUGGUAAACCUGUUUAUAUAGCUGGUGAAUACUUCACUGUAAAUCCAAUGGCUAUUAGAAGCAGCUUGGAUGUUUUUGGUGAAAAUGUGAGGGUUCUGAUACCAAUAGAAACACAGGAGUUUGGACCGAUUCUGCUAAUUGCCGUUGGUGCUAUGAUGGUAGGUUCAAUUAUUUUAACAUGUAAAGAAGGUCAAACUAUAAGAAGAGGGGAAGAACUAGGCUAUUUCAAGUUUGGUGGAUCUACAAUCAUUUCAUUGGUACCAUCUAAACAUCUCAGAUUUGAUUCAGAUUUGCUAAAUAACUCAUCAGAACAAAUCGAGACUUUAAUAAGAGUGGGUAUGAGUAUCGGUCAUACUCCGGACACAAAGGAAUACAGACGUAAAACCGUCAAAGUUUCAAAUAUGUCACAAUUAGAGAGAGUCAAGAGAAUUAUAUCUAUUAGUGAUGAAAAUUCAUCAAAAAGAAAAGAACCCUGGCAAGUUGAUGCUAUACGUGAAUGGUUAUCUGAAGAAUACGAAGAAAAUGGCGAUGAACAUAUAUCAAUCAUCGAAGAAAAAUAA